CGUAUCCCCUGUUGUCUUGCUUCUUCUCUUCCCACUUGCAGAGCCUGCUGCCCACGUCUCUUCCCUGAGCUGCCUGCUGGGGUCAUGGAGCUGCCAACAAAGCCUGGCACCUUCGACCUGGGCCUGGCCACAUGGAGCCCUUCCUUCCAGGGGGAAACCCACCGGGCUCAGGCACGCCGCAGGGAUGUUGGCAGGCAGCUGCCUGAGUACAAGGCUGUGGUGGUGGGCGCCAGUGGCGUGGGCAAGAGUGCGCUGACCAUCCAGCUGAACCACCAGUGCUUCGUGGAGGACCACGACCCCACCAUCCAGGAUUCCUACUGGAAGGAGUUGACCCUGGACAGUGGGGACUGCAUUCUGAAUGUGCUGGACACAGCAGGGCAGGCCAUCCAUAGGGCCCUGCGUGACCAGUGCCUGGCUGUCUGUGAUGGUGUGCUGGGCGUCUUCGCUCUCGAUGACCCCUCGUCUCUGAUCCAGCUGCAGCAGAUAUGGGCCACCUGGGGCCCUCACCCCGCCCAGCCCCUUGUCCUCGUGGGCAACAAGUGUGACCUUGUGACCACUGCUGGAGAUGCUCAUGCCGCUGCUGCAGCCCUCGCACACAGCUGGGGGGCCCACUUCGUGGAGACCUCGGCCAAAACACGGCAAGGCGUGGAGGAGGCCUUUUCCCUGCUGGUCCAUGAGAUCCAGAGGGUCCAGGAGGCCAUGGCGAAGGAACCCAUGGCAAGGUCCUGUAGGGAGAAGACCCGGCACCAGAAGGCCACCUGCCACUGUGGCUGCUCUGUGGCCUGAAGGUCUUGGCCAAGAAAUGUAGACCUUCCCCCAGGCCAGGGUGAUUGUUCAUUUGACAUGAGACCCCUGAGGCAACUAGCCUUGAGGGACACAUCCG